UGUCAACAACGCGGUUGGACUGCUUUUGCUUAAUUCGGCGAGUUUAUUCAAGCAAACUUGUUCAUUUACACUCUUUUCUCUUAACCAGUGCAUGUAAAAAAAUCCCGAAAAUAAUGUAUAGCCAUGUCCGAAGUUCCAUUGCUGUGUCAUCGCGUCGUCUUCGGCCAUUCGCUCGCUAUAAUAAAGUAGCUCAUUUUUCGGGCACACCAGCUUCUGACUUGGUCCCCGAGACACACUUACGUUCGUUCGGCCAACCGACUGUGUAUAGCCAUCCAUACCUCUUAGAAAAGGGCGAAGUAUCACCUGGGCUUCCUGCUACUGAAUUCGAACGACGGCGUACAAACUUGAUGAAGGUGUUGCCUGAAGGCAGUACUGUCAUCAGUGCAGGUUACGGCACGCGUUACAUGUCCAAUAACGUCUUUUAUCCAUAUCAUCAAAACACAGACUUUUGGUAUCUCUCGGGAUUCAAUGAACCAGAUUCUGCCAUGGUCCUAGAACGACUCGGAACGAGGCUAUAAGCAAACCAUGUUUGUACCUCCCAAGAGCCCUGCUGAUGAAUUGUGGGAUGGUCCGCGUACUGGUGUUGAUGGUGUGAAGGAAAUCUUUGCUGCUGAUGAGGCAUUUGAUAACGGACGGUUCCCUAUGUUCCUCAAGGAUGCGUUGCUUUCUAAACAUGUUUUCAUGGACAGCCCUGUACUAAAACCUUCUAUCCUUUCUGAAAGCACGGCAAUGAAGAUGGU